AUGACGGUAGAUGCGGUAGCAGAAUCCCGAUGGGGAAACGAAGAUCGGGUCUAUUUUGGCCCUCGACCAGUGGACUCAGGCACCCAGGCCUGUCCCCGCCGUCCGCCCCGUGAUUCGCAGUUUGCUUCUCUUUUCCACUGCAACCUCCGCUUCAUCAUCGUCCUUGGUCUUGUUCUCUUCUUCGUCCCUGUCCACAAUUGGAUCCCAACCAAGGCCCAGUCGAUGUGGGUGGAGAGCAUGGGACCAUUGACACGGUGCCCACCCCUUACCCGCACUGUUCCAUCAACAAAUGGACUGACUGGCAAUUGGGCCAAGGCCGUGAAUACGGACGCAAGUUCCCUGCCGAGUCUGGCGGUUGCUGCCCAAAACCCUAUGCAGCACCGGAUCCUUCGACUCCUCAUUCCCUUUCCUGACAUGCGUGAUUGA